CAGGUUUGAAUACAUUCUGUAGUUUAGAGAACAUGAAGAGCAGUUGUUAUUUUGAAGUUUAAUGCUUUGAUUCAAGUUGUGAAGAAUAUUUAUCUCCUCUGUAUUUUGACGAGUGAGAUGUCAACGCAGUGCUAGAAUUAUUGGUUGCAUUUGGAUUGUGAGGCACGAUGUUCUAUUGGCGACGACAUGGGUCGUAUGAACUGGAAACUCUGCCGUACACACAGAAUGUGCUGGGGAUAGAGAAAUACACCUGGACCUCCCUAAUGGACAUCACCAAGAAGUCUUGUGGUGAGAAGCCUGUACAGGAGGAAAAGACUGGCAUCUUGUGUCAGCAUCCAAACUGCUCUGAACGCCGGCUUGCUUGCAAGGUCUGUCACCACCCCUUGUGUCAGGACCUUAGAGACGGCAGCCCACUUCACCUCUGCGAGUCAUGUGACUCAAACUGCCACCCUGUUGCCUUUGACGGCAUGCACUUUGAUAGGCACCCACGGUUUGACCUGCAGCCACAAGGUUCCAUCCUGGCCCGGAACGUGUCCACUCGUUCCUGUCCACCUCGCACUGGUCCCCCCUCUGACAUGGAGGACGGAGAGGAGGGGUGCUCUGACCUAGGGGAUUUCAAGAGUGGAGGAAUGAGGCUGGUUAAGAAAAAGACCAGACGGCGACACACAGAUGACCCCAGCAAAGAGUGCUUCACUCUGAAGUUUGACCUAAAUAUUGACGUCAGCAUGGAGAUCGUCCCAGCUGUGAAGAAGAAAACUUUAAGAGAAGUCCUGGGAGCCGUGUUUGAGAGAAAAGGCAUUGAGCUGUCACGUGUCAACCUGUUCCUAGAUCAGUCCAACACCCCACUUUCACUUGGAUUUGAAGCCUACCGCUUUGGUGGCCACUACCUCAGAGUACGAGCUCAACCAGGAGAGGAGGUGAAGGUGGAGAGGUGUGUGAAGGACCCUCGUUCUCUCAGUUUGCCUAUCAUGAGGUCAUCCAGCGCUCAGAACUCCUCUACUGAGCGAGCAGAGCAUGGCUCUCUGGGACGCCGAGAGGCGGCAGAUCUGCUAGUUGGCCUGAGUCAGGCGCGUCGGCGAAAGAACAUGCCAGAGUUUCUGGGCGAUGUCAGCGUCCCCAUUCAAGACUCAGUAUCCCAGUUGGGUAGUUCUCUCUCAGGCUCAAUAAUGGGUACAGACCGUUGGAGGAACCGUGCAGCCAGCCGCUUCAGUGGCCUCUUCAGUUCCAACUCAGGAAACGUCACUCUUGGCAAGGAGUGUGAUCGUGUGGACCAGUUACAGAGUAAGCUGUACUCCUACACUAUGUUUGGAUUACCAAAGAUGCCACAGCAGCUCUCCUUCCACAGGGACUCAUGGGAAGAAGAGCCUAACCUGGAGCUAGAGGAUAGCUGGAAGCAGCUACUGGAGAACCCUGAGAUUUUAACUAAGCGCCAGUGCCAUCAGCAGGAGGCAAUAUGGGAAUUGCUGCAGACCGAGUCAGACUACAUCAAGAAACUACACGUCAUUACCGAUCUGUUUCUAUGUGGACUGCUGAACUUGCAGGAGAGUGGUUUACUGAGUGAAGUAGAACCUGUGCGUCUCUUCAGUAAUAUUCAGGACAUUGUACAACUACAUACAUCCCUAUGGGCUGAGAUUAUGCUGCCUGCACUGGAGAAAGCCAGACAGAAACGAACACUGCUCGACCCCAGUGACCUGCAUCAGGGCUUUAGCACUUUUGGUUUCAGAUUCAAGCCCUACAUACAUUACUGCAUGGAGGAAGAGGGCUGUAUGGAGUACAUGCGCACUUUACUGAAAUACAAUGAGCUCUUCAGAAUAUACGUAACUUGGGCUGAGACUCAUAAACAGUGCAACCGGCUGAAGCUGACAGAUAUGUUAGUGAAGCCUCAUCAGAGACUUACUAAAUACCCACUGCUGCUUAAGAGCGUGCUGAAAAAGACUGAUGACCAGCCAACUCGAGAGGCCAUAAACAGAAUGGUGGCUGCUGUUGAAACCUUCAUUAACAGUGUGGACUCUCAAAUGAGACAAAGGGAGGAAAAACAGAAGCUGGCUGCCAUUGCUGGUCGUAUAGAGGCGUAUGAGGCCAUGGAGGGGGCCAGUGAGGAAGUGGAGAGGAUCCUCAAGGAAUAUAAUAACUUUGACCUGACCGCUCCAGUGAUGGGGGCCUCACCAGAAGAGACCCGUCAGCUGCUCUUAGAGGGAGCUCUAAAGAUGAAGGAGGGGAAAGAAAGCAGGAUGGAUGUGUACUGUUUCCUGUUCACUGACGUUCUGUUGAUUACUAAGCCGGUGAAGCGAGUGGAAAAGGUGAAGGUGAUCCGGCAGCCUCUCGUCAUCCAUUAUGUGGUGUGCCGAGAACUGAAAGACCCUGGAAGCUUCCUCCUCAUCUACCUCAAUGAAUUUCGUUGCGCCGUGGCCUCCUACUGCUUUCAGGCCAACAGUGGUGCUCAGGGCCGCAGCUGGAUGGAGGCCAUCUACAAUGCACAGAAUCAGCUCCUGAGACUUCGUUCAGAGUUCCAGAGAGAUGACGCAGAUGACAGAGAUGAGGAUGAGACGGAAAGCAGCAUGUCCACAUCCAGCUCACCAUCACUUCAGUACAGAGAGCCACUAGAUAAGAGCCUCUCCCUUUCGCCAAGUCACUCUGAUGGAUCAACUGAAACCCUUUCCGUGGCUGCAAUGGAGGAAGUGGAAGAGGUCGAGUCUGCUUCGACCAGAGAAAUAGUGCAGACUGUAUCCUUAAGAAGUUCGCUCUUCUCUGAUUCGUCAAGCCUUCAGGGUUCCCUAUCAACUGAUGCCGGCAGAACUCUGGAAGUCCUGGGUGAUUUGGUCAACACAGACCUGGAUCCAGAAAGUCGCUCUCUUUCUGUAGACAGUGCAUACGGAACUCUCUCACCGGAGUCCCUUAUCACAGAGCUGGACUUAAAGGGAGGGGUAGGCCAAAGUGAGGGAGAAGAGACCGAUGCUGGGGAGGAAGAAGAGGCAUUUGAGGUUGAUGAGGAUGUAGAUGAACAGGAUUCAUUCACCUGGAAUGGCUCUCAGAUUACUGUAAACGAGUCCUACAUUUUGGAAGACCGGUCAACCAAUCAGAAGCCUGGCAAGAAGAAUGACUUUGCUGGAAUGUCUCAGGUAACGGGUUGCUGCUCCCAAACAUUGCGACGCCGUUUGCCUGUCCAGCCUCGCCAGGACUACAUGCAGCACUUUACCGUCAGGUCACACUCUGAGGAUGACCUUCUUCAACACCUCACUGACACUCUCCACAGCUGCGACAGGCGAGAGGUCAGCAAAAGCCUGACAAACCUCUCCAAACAAACGUUGCAUAGCCCAGAGCUAUUAAAGACAGACGGGGGAAAUGUUCAACAGGACUCCAUGGCACUAUCAAGCAACAUGACGGACAGUCUUCGGCGAAAAGAGGCCAGGCAUGUGCAAAGGACCCUGAGCUGCCCCAAUGGUCAUGCAAAUUGUGAGCUUUCAGAAAUUGAGUUACUGCCUCCUAGUGGACUGGAGGAAAAAGGUGAUUUUGUGCUGACCCAGUACCCACAUCUACAGCAUAAGAAGCUGACAGUGGCUCAGUUGCACAGGAUACGUGCCACCAUGGUGCUCAAUUCAACACUAACUGCCUCGGAGGUGUAGUGUCUGAGUAAAUGAAGCUGAUGCCAUUAGCUGGUCUAUUGGUGGGACUUAUACCUGGUCUUAGGUCCAAGACUACAUAUGCAAAGAAGCCACCACCUGUAUCAAUAACAGGGCUCCCAGAUGGUUCACUUCUACCUGCAAAGAUAUAAACUCAGAUAUAAACACAGGAAGAUCCAGUGAGAACCCUGUGAAACUCUCAGUAACCAGCCUUGAUCAUUUAUUAACAAUAAUCUAAUUUUCACCAUUAUGUCAAUAUUGAUAUACAAAGAUGUACAUCAUAUCUUGCAGUAUGCCUGCCACUGAAAAAAGGGACUUGAAUUAAAGGUGCUGUGAGUGAUUUAUUUUGUCUCAACUACCUGACAGAUACCACUGAAAUCGAUUUUUUGAGAGAUCACACCUGUCUAUGUGACAGCCCAUGGCACUUCAGCAGUUACCAGGACUUAUUUAGCCAAUCAGAAAUGCUCUUUGUCUCUCUGCCUUUUACAUAUCCAGGUUUGCUGACAUUGCCUUGGAUGAAUUGUCUUUGGUGGGUGAUGGUUUUGAACAAAAGGAGUGGUUGAUGCAAUGGUGCAGUUUAAUUCAAUAACUAAGUCCAGCUGAAAUCACAUAAAGCACCUUAAUUCUACAAAGCACCAGUAGUCAGGUUUUUGCAAAGUAAAAGUGAUGGAAUGGAAUUAAUUGUCAUCUUUACUUUAUAAUACUAUCACAUCAGUGUCAAUUGACUCAUAUGUUACUGACUUUUGAGAUUUGGUCUGUUCUCUAAUUGCAAUUUGUAAAAGUGAAUGCUGUGUUGAAGGUGAACUACCACACUAACAUUACAAGUCCACAUUAUUGAGAAGUUUGAUUAUUUGAGAUAAUCUGAAGCAAGAACUACAGUAUACAUAACUUUUAUCAAACAUUUUAUUGUCACUGUUUGAAUACCAAAAACGGGUCCAUUUUGGUAAUCAGGUUAAGCACAGCUUCUUCUUUUUUUUUUUUACUUUCUUGAUGUCUCCUUUCUUAAACUGAUAAUAGCACUCAGACACUUAUGCACUUGACUCAAAACCAUGUUGUAAAUUAGUCUGCUGAGUUAAACGUUGUUGAAUGCAUUACUGUCCCCUUUUAAAUAUUUAAGGAACUCUGUUAUCACAAAAACAAUGAAUAUGAUGAACUCUAAACCACUUUGAAUCCCUGAACUAAAAUUAAUUGUAAUUUGGUAUUAUAGAACCUGUGUGUUUCUUUAAAUGCUAGGUGAUGUAGCUCCUGUCCUGAAGCACCCAGAAGAUGAAAGAUCUUAAAGGUCUUAGGAAUUUAAAGGAAUUUAUUUAUAGCUGAAAUUGCACAUUGAAAAUGUAAUAUCUGUUCCAUUAGCGCCACCAAGUGGAAUUGCAAAAAAAAAAAAAAACUUUUCAUUUUCAAUUUACAAUUUCAGCUAUAAAUAUAUAUAAUAUAAUAUAUUUAUACUUAUAUAUAAAUAAAAUGUAAGGUUUUUAAAUGGCUUUCCUAGAAUGCUUCCUCGAUCUGCCAUUGGUUUGAACAAACAGAUAGUCCUGCCACAAACUCAUGCCACUGGUUGACUUUUUCUUGUGGCUGGGACUAGGGACUGUCAGACAAACAAAGGCAAUAUUUUUAAGUGCCCAAGUUUACAGUUUUUGAGGAAAUCAACCUACGAAUGGCUUACUUAUAAUUUUUUCUGCAUUUUAAGGUGGAAUAGGAAAAAACAUUUAAGUAUUUUAACAUGGAAUAAGUUACACACUUCAGUUUUAAAAGAAUACUCCAGAUUCAAUACAAGUUAAACUCAAUUGACUGCAAUUGUGGGACAAUGUUGAUUACCACAAAACAAUUUUAUCAUUUUGACUCAUCCGUUCUUUUCUUUAAAAAAAAAAAAAAAAAGAAAAAAGCUAAACUCUGGGUAACAGUGAGGUACAUUCAAUGGAAGUGAAUGGGGCCAAUUCAUAAAUGUUAAAAUACUCACUGUUUCAAAAAUAUAGCCACAACUUGUAAACAAUAUUGGAAUGAUUUUUAGCAGAAUAAAAUCUCUUGCUAAACUUUUCAGUGUAAAGUUAUAUCCAAUUUUACUACUUCAUUGCCAUGGCAAAGACCAAUAAAACCAAUUAUUUAAACAACUUUACAGCUCAAUAUGAGUAAUUAUGCUACAAUAAUACAUGAGUUUUAACAGAAGAAUUAAUGUAAUUGAUUUUAUAAAAUUAUAAGAUUCACAAUUCUGCCAUAACAUUUUCCAGAAAUGGGCCCCAUUCACUUCCAUUGUAAGUGCCUCACUGUAACCUCAAUAUGGCUACAUUUUAAAAGAAAAGAAGGGUCGAGUCAAAAUAAUUUUUUGUGGUAAUCAACAUCAUGCCACAAAAAUUGUCGAUUGAAUUUAACAUGUAUUAAACCCAGAACAUUGCUUUAAAUCAACAUUGUGAAAAAAUCUGAAAAAGAAUGACUGUGGACUACUUUUGCUUCAAGCGCCACAAUAAUCAACUUUGCUGUUUUUUUUUUUUUUUUUCAGUGUUCUGUAAAUAUGUUAUUUAUUGAUCCUGCAUGCUUUGUUUUAUAAAAAAAAAUAUCCUGAUUGUUCAUGCCAUUUGAUUGGUAUGCCUCUUUUUUCUAUUUGAAUAAUUAGCACUGUUUCAAAUGUUUCUAAUUUGUCUUUUAUAAAAUAAGGGCUGAAUCCAUGUCUUAUCCCAGGACCUUAUCAGUUUACAUACUGUAUGUAGCUUACAUAUAUACAGUUUACAAAUGUGCACCUGCUCCCAAAAGAAAGAAAGAGAGCACAACACACACAAACUUCCAAUUUAAAUUAAAAUGCCAACCCCACUGCCAAAAUGCAUCCAUUUUAUUUGUUUGUUUGUAUACAAAACUAAAUGAAUGACAAUCAGUUGUUAAGGUUUUUGUUGUUGUUACUUUAUGUAACUGUUAGGGCAAACACUGUGCACAGUUGUCAGCUCCUGUCCUGCCAAAUAUUAAACUGCAAUAUUCUCUUACUCCAUAAGAUGACAGCAAAGAUCUGCUUUAAAAAACUCACUUUUUAACUCCAAUGAACUAAUUUUUUAACAUUAGCUUCUAUCUUCAGUGAACUUAAAUAUAAGCUUGCAAACAAGUAAAAUCCACA